AUUGUUCUAUGGACAAUGCAUGUGUCUGAAAUAAAGUUGAUGAUGCUAUUCUGCAGGAAAAAAACAAGACAAAAAAAAGUUGGUCAAAGUCAAAGGUGGCACAAGAGACGAUGUGUUUACUGUGGGAGGCAGCGGCGACGGCAAACAUUCGUUGACGUGAGGCCACAUGUAUAGCCAUGAAAACAGGCUAUAAAAGCCCCUUUACGCUCACGAACAAGCCAAUUUAAAACAAUGAUUGAGGAUACACAACUCCAGAGGAAUGUACUUACCAUCCUGGGUUUUGAAGGCGACCAAUCUUCAUCUCCAUGUCUUAAGUGUCACGCCUGGCUAGGCACCAGCGUUACAUUUUGGGUUCAGGUAUUUAAGAGCCCAGAUCUUGAGGUGAGGCUGAAGACGGUGGAGCCAGAUUGAAAAGGACACAUCUCCGGUCAGACUCAUCCUGAGACAUGCCUUCUGCUGUGACGACUGUCCUCCUGAUGGGGGCGCUGAUGGUCGCGUCUGCCUUUGCUCAAUCUUACGACUCUCAAGGGGUGAGAGCUAUGUGUGCCGACGUGGAGCUGGAAGAAUGCGGUGAUGAGCCGUGCGGGUUUUACCGCCUGAACGAGUUCAGCUGUGUCAAAGUAUUAACCUUGGAAAGGGAUUUCGAAAACGCACAGAUGGGGUGUGAACUCAUCAAUGGUAAUUUGGUAAAAGUGCAAACUGAGGAGGAGCACAAGAAGCUGCUAUGUAUGAUGAUACGGGUGUUCCCGAGGCGAAUCCACUACUGGAUCGGUGCUGUAAGAAGAGAAGAUGGUUAUUUCUACUGGUUUGAUGGAAGCGGGCCAGUGGAGUUUGCUCCAUGGCGUGAAGGACAGCCCGACAACUAUGAGGGCGAAGAGGACUGCGUGUGGAUGAACUCUGGCACCUGGGGUGCGUGGAACGACGGCGCGUGUUAUGAGGCGAGUUCUGUGGCGUGUCAGGUCCUAGUGUGAUCGUCGCUCAGUUGGUCUACUUGUGAGCACAAACACACGUUUACAGUCAUUGCAAUAAAUUUCAAG